UUGACCAGCCGCGUGCCAUUUGUUGUUGAGUCUAGGAGCCAACAAGAAUCGAACGUGCGAUUUUAAUUUUCAUCAACUCCUUUCGUUGGCCUAAAAGAUAAACAACUGUCAAAAUGUGUGACGAUGAUGCGGGUGCAUUGGUUAUCGACAACGGUUCGGGCAUGUGCAAAGCCGGCUUCGCUGGUGAUGACGCCCCCCGUGCUGUGUUCCCCUCGAUUGUGGGUCGUCCACGCCACCAGGGUGUGAUGGUGGGCAUGGGUCAGAAGGAUUCGUACGUGGGUGAUGAGGCUCAGAGCAAGCGUGGUAUUCUCACGCUCAAAUAUCCCAUUGAGCACGGCAUUAUUACCAACUGGGAUGAUAUGGAGAAGAUCUGGCAUCAUACCUUCUACAAUGAGUUGCGCGUGGCCCCCGAGGAGCAUCCAGUAUUAUUGACAGAGGCCCCACUGAACCCCAAGGCCAAUCGCGAGAAGAUGACUCAGAUUAUGUUCGAGACUUUCAAUUCGCCAGCCAUGUACGUUGCCAUCCAGGCUGUGCUCUCCCUGUACGCUUCCGGUCGUACCACUGGUAUUGUGUUGGACUCCGGUGAUGGUGUCUCCCACACUGUGCCCAUCUAUGAGGGCUUCGCCCUGCCCCAUGCCAUCCUGCGUCUGGACUUGGCCGGUCGCGACUUGACCGACUAUCUGAUGAAGAUCCUGACUGAGCGUGGCUACUCAUUCACCACCACUGCCGAGCGUGAAAUCGUGCGUGACAUCAAGGAGAAGCUGUGCUAUGUGGCUCUGGACUUUGAGCAGGAAAUGGCCACCGCUGCCGCCUCCACCUCGCUGGAGAAGUCGUACGAGUUGCCCGAUGGUCAGGUCAUUACCAUUGGCAAUGAGCGUUUCCGUUGCCCCGAGGCUCUGUUCCAGCCCUCGUUCUUGGGCAUGGAGUCGUCUGGUAUUCAUGAGACUGUCUACAACUCGAUCAUGAAGUGCGAUGUCGAUAUCCGUAAGGAUCUGUAUGCCAACUCUGUCCUGUCCGGCGGUACUACCAUGUAUCCAGGUAUUGCUGAUCGUAUGCAAAAGGAGAUCACCGCUCUGGCCCCAUCGACCAUCAAGAUCAAGAUCAUUGCGCCACCUGAGAGAAAGUACUCCGUCUGGAUUGGUGGCUCCAUCUUGGCAUCGCUGUCCACCUUCCAGCAGAUGUGGAUCUCCAAGCAGGAGUACGAUGAGUCUGGUCCCGGCAUUGUGCACCGCAAGUGCUUUUAAAUCUUUCCCGCGUUGCGAAAGAUCAACAAAGACAACAACCAGGCUAGCAAAGUCACAAACCAGCACCAACAUCAACACCAACACCAACACCAACAUCAGCGAGCUUUUCACCAACGCCAGCCCGCUGCUCAUUAGGCCAAACCAGCAUAGAAGAA